AUGAACAGACAAAUUCGUAUAUUACAAAGGCCAAGACCUAGUAAAGCAGUGUCUAGGGAAGAUUUCCAGUUUGAGAAAGAAAUCACUGACUUCAACAUUGAAUGCCCGAUAUGUCUACAUGUCAUCAUGGACGACCCCCUGCAGUCCCUUUGCUGUGGACGACAUUUUUGUAAAGCAUGCAUUUCUGGAGUCGAAAUUGAUUGUUAUACAAGGGUACGUAGUUGCCCUAUCUGUAGGGGAGACUGCAGCGAUACCUUCCCUGACAAGAAUUUUGAGCGCAUAGUUUAUUCCAAAGCUGUGUACUGUAUGAAAAAGAAUCAAACACAAGAGGCUCAAUGUGACUGGAGUGGAAAAUUAAGGGAUUUUAGAGAUCAUUUAUCUACAACGUGUCCUUAUGAUUUAGUGGAAUGCAAGUAUAAAUGUAGUCAAAAGGAUAUUUUACGUGUCGACCUGACUGACCACUUAGAAAAUCGUUGCAUGCUUAGGCCUUAUUCAUGCCAGCACUGUGGAGCAAAGGAUGCAUAUAAAGCCAUAACAAAGUCUCAUUAUCGAGUUUGCAAGAAUUAUCCAGUCGGUUGUUCUCAUUGCUCUGAUGAAAAUGUGAGGCGCUCCGAACUCAACCAGCAUGUAAAAGAUGAGUGUCCGAUGCAAAGGGUUGAAUGUGCGUUUAGCUGGUUAGGUUGUAAGGAAUGGCCUUUAAGAAAAGAUGCAAAGGAGCAUUACUCUGAUUCUCAUCACGAAGCUCUGUCUCAGGCAUACCGAAAGCUGAGGGAUGAUACAGAUGAGCUUCACCUUCAUACAAAUAAGCUUCGCCUUGAUACAAAUGAUCUUCGCUUUGAUACAAAUGAGCUUUUUCGUGAUGUAAACCAGUUGAAGUUUGAUAUGAAUAUACGUAAGAUAGAUAUUAGUGCUCUUUAUGAUAGCUUGAAUGAAAAAAUUUAUAAUUUGAAGGUGGAAAAUGCUAAGUUGAAAGAUGAGAUGGAAGAACGUAUAAAUAGGAGGUGCAGGGAUUUGGAACGUGACCUCAAAGUUUUGAGUAAGGAUCAUGAUGACCUACUACGUUGGUAUAGCAAAUUGGUGGAUGAUUAUGAUUCAUUCAAACUCAUUCUAGAAAUCUCUAUAUUAGAUAUUGCUAUACAGUUAUGA